CCUUUCAGUGUCACCCAUCAGUGCCAGUCAGUGCAGCCUAUCAGUGCCCGUCAGUGCCACCUAUCAGUGCCAUCAGUGCCUUCUCAUCAGUGCCCAUCAGUGCCACCUAUCAGUGUCCAUCAGUGCAGCCUAUCAGUGCCCAUCACUGCAGCCUCAUUAGCGCACAUCAGUGAAGGAGAAAAGUCACUUAUUUACAAAAUUUUAUAACA